AAUUGUAACAUGAAGAACAUAUGAACAACACAAAUUAGUUUAAGUAAAUUAUUUAAUUAAAAUCAAUAGCUUCAAAACUUUGCACUUACUUAAACAGAAGUCAUGCCUCCUCCUCAAAAAGGUAAGGCACCUACCAAAGGUGCCAAGCAGAUUUUGGUGGAGAAUGCUGCCACUGUCAACUUCUACCGUAACAUGGCUUUAGGAGCAGCUAGUUUUUAUGCUGUCUUAACUGCUGCUCUCUACUAUGAUAGUCUCACUACUGGUAUCAUUUUUCUCAAUGUGCUGAUACUGUCAAUAAAUAUAGGAUGCUAUCAAAUGAUGAGGUACAUCAGUCGGCCAAUAUACUCAGAUAAUACUCAACUUGUUGACCCUGGACUUGACCUGAAUAUGGAAGGUGGCAUGGGGGAACACGUUAAAGACAUUGUCAUACUGUCUUCUAUAACUCACGUCCUAGCAGUAGUUUCCAAUUAUUUCUGGUUGUUGCUGCUGCUACUGCCCAUCAGAGCACUUUGGCUGCUUUGGGUCAACAUUCUUGGACCAUGGUUCUUUCAAGAGGCCCCUCAAGACACAGAACAAGACGAAAAGAAGAAAAAACGUAAAAUGCGACGUCAUCAUCAGUAGAUUUCUAUUUAUUUCGUUAUUAGUUUUUUAUUUCACUUGUCAAGAUUAAAUAGUGCUGACCGCUGUCCCAUUUGAGGUAAAUGUAGAAUAAUCUGCCAGCACCGGACGCGACGCCUUAAUAAGUGUAGAAUUCUUUUAUAUAAAAUAAAUAAAUAAAUUAUACUUAAAUUUAUCAAUUUUGUAUGCUGCUGUGUCAUAGAAAGCUGCUGGACUGCCACGCAGAGGUCCUGGGUUCGAUUCCCGCGCCGGAAGAAAUAUUUGCAUGGCCUACAUUUAUUUCUCUCGUGAAUUUAGGUGUAAUUAGUGUUUGUCUAUAUGUGUGUCCAUGGCACCCGCGAUACAGGGUUUCCCUAGUGCGGGCCAUUUGGGUGUGCGUUAUUAUUAUUUAUAGGCCAGUGGUUGAGUGCAUACACACUAUACAAUGUGAAGCAUUGACUGUGAAAUAUUCGUAAUUCCAAGGGACAUAGUAUAAUAAGAACAAUACUGCAACUCCAUACAAAAUGUAGCUGCGCUACUUAUAUGUGUAUACAAGACUCGACUCCACUUUACAGGACUCUACUGAAAAAUUAAGACUAGGGGUUCGAGUAUUUAUGAAUAAGACAAGUCGUUAUAUUGGAUUGGCACAGCUAGCACGCACUCGUACGCCUCUCGCUCAUCCACUCGCACGCAUUCCCAUUUCGUAAACAUACUCCCAUAAUCUAGAAACCAAUCCUGGUAAUAAAAAUAAAAAAAAUAUCAAUAUACGUACAUAUUGCAUUUAACAAAGAUUAUUUCAAUAUAGCACGGAAACACUUCUAAAUACUAUACGUUUUUUGAAAUUAUGUUUACAACCUGUAGGUACAGGUACAACUAACAUAAUAAUGUGACAACACUAC